AUGCUAAAAAGCAACGCUUGGCUCUUAUUUUCUCUUAUUUUCCUAACGUUUGUCAUAGCGAGAUAUGAGGACAAAUAUGAUCGAUCAAAAAUGCCAUGGGAUCUCAGACCAAUUGACCGAUUCAUAGGUUUAUGGUCUUUGCAGGGUUCAUCCGGAAGAAUGCGCGACCUUCCACCACCAAAUCAAAUCGACUAUUCGAUCAAUCCGAUUCCGAAAUUCGGAGCUCGUGCUGUCAACGUAACUCACACAUUUUUUGACCGGGGAAGCGUUGUCCGACAUGAUUAUGGAUUCAUGCCAGUAAAAAAUGCGACGAGAAGAGAUCCAAGAGUGCACGUCGCCUAUUUAACGACUUCCAGUCAAGGAUGGUCAAUGAUGGAACAGGGGCAAGUGAAAGACGGCAAGAUGACAUUCCAUUUGAAGCAGUUUAUGCGAAGAAGCUUUGAUGUUGGAAACAAUAACAAUUUAGAGAUUCGCGAGUUCGAAAGACAGCUUGAGCUUCCGGAUUACAACACUUUGAUAAUGAAAAUUCGCGCGGAGACCGCUUACGACACUGAAUCGUACACUGCCACUUAUCGUAGGAUCUACUAA